UAUGGCACGUGCCGUAGAGCUUGUGGGUUGAUAUCCACCCUCCCCUCCUUCCUUUUGACUGUCACUAGCCCUCUUGGUACAGAUUUCUACCUCUGCCCAGCCUUUCGCUGCCGCAAAACCAAAGAUGGAGGCUAUAAUUUUCAUCAAUAGAAUAUUGAGCGUUUGUUCGCCAAAAUUACGCUUGCUCUGCAGUCUACGAUCCCUUAGGAACGAUCUGGGUACGAAAUCAGGCUGCCACAAAAACUUGACAAGUGAUCAAGGCUGUCGUUGGCCGUUAAAGAAAUCAGGGGAGGAAGCUUGGGGGAUUCACAGAAGUGUAUGUGAAAGAUCCAAAGGAUGUCGAGGUUGUCUUCAAAGCGGAUGGAAAAUAUCCCACUCGAACCCCCUUUUGGAAGUGGACAGGAAGUACAGGAGGAGCAGAAACCUUCCUCAAAGUAUGGCAGUCUUGGAUGGUGAAGAAUGGAGCCGAGUACGCAAGGCUUUAGCGUCAAAAAUGCUUCGACCGAAAGACAUUCGAGAUAACCUGGAAAAGUUUAAUGGAGUUACAAAGGAUGCUAUAGAACAUAUGGUGUCAGUGCGGGGUGCAGAUGACGAAAUACCGAAUCUCGAAGAAGAACUUGCAAAGUGGGCGACGGAAUCUGUUGGCACAAUGGCUUUUGACCUACGAGUCGGACUGUACGAUGAUCCACCAAACAACGAAACUGUGAGGAUGGUUAAGGCCACUCAAGACUCCUUUGCAUUACUGGGGAAAAUCAAUAGAGGAUGGGAAGGCUUUUUAGUCCCAUACGUAACGACACCCACGUACAUAAAAUAUUGUAAAAUCCAAGACAUCGCUUUGGAAAUUGGUCAGAGUAUAAUAGAUCGCAAAUUCGUGGAAAUAAAGAAAAUGGCUGACGAUGGUGAAGGCUUCUCACAGGAUCAAGCUGUGUCUCUACUGACCUACCUAAUAACGAAAGGCGAACUUACACGUCAGGAGAUCAACGUGCAAUCUAUCGGGAUGUUUAAAGCAGGAGUAGAAACGACGGCAACCGGAUUACUGUGGCUCCUCUACGAUCUGGCCCGUAAUCCGAGAGAGCAAGAGAACGUGUAUGAAGAAGUGACCUCCUUGAUUGGGCCCCAUGGAGAUUUUACCCCCGAGAGCUUUGCAAAGCUGCAUUACGUUAAGGCUUGUGUGAAAGAAAGCCUGAGAAUGCAUCCUGGGUCGUUCCGUUGGUUACGCGUUCUGACGCAAGAUGUGGUUCUAUCUGGUUACCAUGUCCCAUCUGGGACAGCCGUGAUGUAUUCCAACUACCUCGCUGGGAUCUCUGAGGAGUUGUUUAAGUUUCCUUUGGAGUUUAGACCGGAACGUUGGUUGAAUGAGGAUUUGGGAAAGAUUCACCCAUUUGCUACUCUGCCUUUUGGAGUUGGACCACGCAUGUGCAUUGGGCGUCGCAUUGCUGAGGCUGAAAUGUACCUCCUAGCAACAAAGUUGGUCCAGCGAUUCGUUCUCGAAUAUCACGAAGAACCAGUUGAACCAACUUUCAGACUAAUGACUGUUCCUGACAGACCAAUACGGAUAAAAUUCAUUGAUCGUGCGUAAUUUACGGCGUGCUUGACGAGGAAACAUUUCUUUUAAGUUUAGUUUACAUCAUACAGUGAUAUGAACCUGCGGUAGUUUCUCAGCUGUCUGAAUUUAAAUUGCUAAAAGACAAGAAAGUGAUGAAGACUAAAGUAAACAGUGACGAUGUUGCAGAAAAAAGUUAAAUGUAAGAUUCUUUCGAUAUACAUAAGUGUUUAUAUGGCGGAGACGGCUUACAUUUCAGAAGGCAGCUUUGGCGAAGCACAACAGCGAUUACUUAACUACCCGGAUUUUAAACUUAAAAGUUUCGUUUUAAAGGCAAUAGAGUAUGAAACCAAUAGUCAAAGUAGAGCAAUGAUCUUUGCAGCUGAGCUGGAAUUUUUAGCAACCUGAAAAAUCUCAGGCUUCUACGAAAUUCGAAUCCACGCCUCCCUGGUUCCAGUUAGGUACUUUACUACCAACUGAGCUACGAAGCCUCAAUUUGCCACUCUGUAUCCAUUAGUAUCUAGGUAAAUACUACAGCUUAGAUGGGGAUAAUUUGGUAGCCCUUAUCCUCCUCUCCAGAUUUUUUGUUUUUUCAGUUUAGUUUACUGCUUGUAAGAUCCCUGCGCGACGAUUAAAACCAACUAUGCUGGUAAAAAAAAAGAUUUAUCGCCAAUAAAGAAACAGGUUCAAAGUA